AUGUUCGACUUCAGAAGCAUCCUGAAGAUACUACAGUUCCUGAAAUUAUUAAUUUUUUCACUUUUUGAGCAUCUCAUCUUAUUCAUAUUUCCUCCAUGCAAAAAAACUUUUGUUGGGGAAAUAGUGCUUAUUACUGGCUCCGCAAAUGGUAUUGGAAGGCAGAUUGCCAUAAAUUUUGCUCCUUUGGGAGCAACCUUGGUUCUUUGGGACAUUGAUGAUGAAGGUAACAAAGAAACAAGCAGAUUAGCCCAAAAAAAAGGAGCUAAACGAGUGUUUGCUUACCACUGUGACUGCAGCAAUAGGGAAGAGGUCUAUGAACAGGCAGACAAGGUUAGAAAAGAAGUUGGGGAUGUUACUAUUCUGAUCAAUAAUGCUGGCAUACUGCUUGGGAAAAGGUUCUGUGACAUUCCAGAUGCAGAUUUUGAAAAGACCUUAAGAGUCAACUUCCUCUCUCAAGUCUGGACUUGCAAGGCCUUUCUUCCAGCCAUGAUGACCUGUAACCGUGGGCACCUGGUUAGCACAGCCAGUGCAGCAGGAUUGUUGGGAGUCUACAGAGCACCAGAUUAUGCUGGAAGUAAGUGUGCAAUCAUUGGAAUGAUGGAAGCCUUAGAUUCGGAACUGUAUCAUGCAGGAAAACAAGGCAUUAAAACCACAAUCAUUUGCCCUUAUUUUGUUAAUACUGAAUUAGCUAAAGGUUUUCAAACCCAAAACCACCUUUUUCUUCCUGUUUAUGAUGCAGAGUAUGUAGCCAGCAAGAUCAUGGAUGCAAUUCAAAAGGAAAAGUUUUAUCUAAUCAUGCCUCUGACUUUACGCUUUCUUGCUUUCAAAAUUUUCAUUCCUAGAAAAGUGGUACUACUCUUCGAAUCUUGGUUUAAGAUCGCCGACAGCAUGGAUAAAGCCUUCGGUCAGAAGAAAAAGGAUUGAAACCAAAAUAUUCUGAAGACCUUGAGUGCCAUCUAAUUGAAAAUUUUCAGUAAAAAUUAAUUUUGAAUCAUGUUUAUUCUUUGAUAGAAAAUUUGCUUCUUAUAUGAUAUUUGACAUUGGCCAGCAUGCAAUUUAAUUCUCCAUAACUGUCUUUUAAUCACUGAUUUUUAGCCACAAUCUGCUCUCUCAUUUCAUGACACACGCUGCUUUUAUCUGAGCUCUCAAUAAAAGUCAGUAAG